AAAAAGAGACAGGUCGAAGGAAGUAACAAAGAAGGUGGACAGGAGCAGGAUAAACCAAAAAGAAUCAAAGCAAUUGAUGUAAGAACAAGUUCUAAUUACUACUAGCUGCAAAAUAAUUUCAAACGUUCUCUGACAUCGCACUGCCUUUGUUGACUUGAAUUUCUAUUCAACCUUAGGUGAACACCCUAAAGUCGAUCUAUGGAAAAAUUAGUCUGUUUCCAAAGAAAACCAGUGCAUUCGAAAUAUGGAAAUGCGGGGAACCUUUCGAGAUGAUUGCUCGAAGACUACGAGUAGCGGAGGCAACUGUUGAGAUCUACGUCAUAGAUUCCAUCGCUCUAGGACAAGGGAAUGAAACACUUUACGGAAGGAUGCUUGGAGAACUUGACAUCAACCAGGAGAAGUUUGAAGUUGUAAAGGAGAGUCUUACCAAAAGUGCUGUAACUCUCAGAGAAAUCCGGGAUCUCACCUCCUUGAGGUACAAUCAGAUACGAGCAGUCAUUGCCGUUCUCAUAAAUGCAUUUCAGCUGUAG